GAUGGCACGUACCAAGCAGACCGCAAGAAAAUCUACUGGAGGUAAAGCUCCACGUAAACAACUGGCCACCAAGGCAGCCCGUAAGAGCGCUCCAGCAACUGGUGGCGUCAAGAAACCCCACAGAUACAGGCCAGGAACCGUCGCUCUUCGUGAGAUCAGGAGAUACCAGAAAAGCACAGAGCUGCUGAUCAGGAAACUGCCAUUCCAGCGUCUGGUCCGUGAGAUUGCUCAGGACUUCAAGACCGACCUGCGUUUCCAGAGUUCAGCCGUCAUGGCUCUCCAGGAAGCCAGCGAAGCCUACCUUGUCGGACUCUUUGAGGACACCAACUUGUGCGCUAUCCACGCCAAGAGAGUCACCAUCAUGCCCAAAGAUAUCCAGCUUGCCAGACGUAUCCGUGGCGAGAGAGCUUAGAUUCUCUUUUGUCUCUUGACAAACUCAAAACGGCCGUUUUCACGGCCACCAAAACCUUUAGAAAAGAUGCCUUCACAUUACACACAAUUGAUACUCUAAUUAUUGAAUAAGCGUGCAUUCAUCUAUAAUAAAUAUAUGUAAGAUGGCUCGCAUAAACACACGCACACAUAUAUAUCCCAUAGAUAAAAUAAAUACAGGUAUAUUUCAGUGGAAACUUUCUUAACAAAUGGACA